AUGUAUAAGAAGAGAAAACGUAAUUCAGGUUUCAAAAAAACGGUUGAACGCUCUGUAAAAGUAGAUGUAGAAACUCAACGUGAAAUAAACCAAAAGCGUUUAAAAUCCGCAUGGGAUGAUAUAAUUGCACGUUAUGGUUGCGAUUUGACAGAAGAAACAGACGAAAUUGAUCUCAUGACCGGUGAGGAUGAAACAAGAUCAACCACCGAGGGUGUAGCGUCAAAAGACUUCGAUUCUAGUCUUGGAAUGUUUAAUGAUGAUGAAGAUGUAAAUCAAGAGGAUCAAAAGGAUGAGGAUUCGUUGCAUUCAUUUAAAGAAAAUUACCAUGAUAUACCAUCGAUUUCAUUGACGUCAACACAAAAUAAACAAAAUGUUACUGCUGGGUCACUUGAUAUUAUCGAAAUCCCUACUAAAGAAGAGAAUUUGCAUCUCAGAGAAAAAGAUGUGAUAAUAAAAAAUAAGAAGCAAGAAGCAAAUCUGAAUAGAUCCAAAAAUAACUGCUGUUUAUUAUCCAUUUCGGAAGGUUUUGAAUACCCAGAAUCAGGUUUAGAUUCAGACUUAGAAAGUAUAACGGAUUACUCUGACUCGGAAGACAUUAAUUGA